GUCCGAAGGAUCAGGCACCCCUGCCCCGGGUCGAGGCCUCGGGCGCUCUCGAGCUCCGGAGCAGGCCGCAGAAGACCCAAGUGCUGGAGUCCGAGGCCAUGGCCGCCCCGCUCGACGUGGAGAUCUGGAAGGAUGUGCAGAUCUACUACGGACAGGUGCUGAAGAAAUCAGCGGACCUCCAGACCAAUGCCUGUGUCACCGCAGCCAGGCCAGUCCCCAAGCACAUCCAGGAGGCCCUGCGGAAUGUACACGAAGAAGUAGCCUUGAGGUAUUAUGGCUGUGGUCUGGUCAUCCCUGAGUGUCUAGAAAACUGCUGGAUUUUGGAUCUGGGUUGUGGAAGUGGCAGAGAUUGCUAUGCACUUAGUCAGCUGGUUGGUGAGAAUGGACAUGUCACUGGAAUAGAUAUGACUGAAGACCAGGUGGAAGUGGCUAAAAAGUAUCUUGACUAUCAUAUGGAAAAAUAUGGCUUCCAGGCAUCCAAUGUGAAUUUUAUUCAUGGCUACAUUGAGAAGUUGGGAGAGGCAGGACUCAAGAAUGAGAGUUAUGAUAUUGUUGUAUCGAAUUGUGUUAUUAACCUAGUGCCUGAUAAACAACAAGUGCUGCAGGAAGUAUAUCGAGUGCUGAAGCAUGGUGGGGAGCUAUAUUUCAGUGACGUCUAUGCUAGCCUUGAAUUGCCAGAAGAAAUCAGGACAAACAAAAUUUUAUGGGGUGAAUGUCUGGGUGGUGCUUUGUACUGGAAGGAUCUUGCCAUCCUUGCCCAAAAAAUUGGGUUCUGUCUUCCACGUUUGGUCACUGCCAAUCUCAUUACAAUUCAAAACAAGGAACUAGAAAGAAUUAUUGGUGACUGUCAUUUUGUUUCUGCAACUUUUCGUCUCUUCAAACACCGUAAGACAGGACCAGCCAAAAGAUGCCAAGUUAUUUACAAUGGGGGAAUCACAGGACAUGAAAAAGAACUAAUAUUUGAUACAAAUUUCACAUUUAAGAAAGGUGAAGCUGUUGAAGUGGAUGAAGAAACAGCAGCUAUCCUAAAGAAUUCACGAUUUGCCCAAGACUUUCUGAUCAGACCAGCUGGAGAGAAGUUGCCAACAUCUGGAGGCUGUUCUACUUUAGAAUCAAAGGAUAUAAUCACAGAUCCAUUUCAGCUUGCAGAAGAGUCUGAAAAUAUGAAGUCCAGAUGUGCCCCUGAUGUUGCUGGCAGGUGCUGUGGCACCAAGGAAAGCUGCUAAAUCUACAGCUGACUAGAUCACAGUAGUGGACAGAGGCUAAAGAAUGAUUUGCAUACAUUUUUUAAUCUGCUCUUCUCCAUAGCACAGACCAUAAGAAAAACUAAAUGGCAAAAAGGCACCAAAUUCU